AAUCCACAACAUUGCACUGUGGGGACGUCCCCAGGCUCCUGUGACUUCAUGCAGUUCCCCAGAUGGGCAGACGGAGGCCAGAGGGGGGAAGCCCCCUGCCCCAAGCCACUCAGGGACCUCAUUGGUGGAGUCAGGAUGAGACCCCCACACGAGAAAGACCCCCAACACUGUCCUCUCCAGCAUCCUUCUGGCUUCGGGUGGGGAUCGAGACAGUCUUGGUGCCAUUUUUCUGGGGCUCAGCGACUGGCCCUCCCUGGGCCAGUCUGUGACAACCUCCUGUGUCCCAGCUGUGCCUCAGUGCAGCCCAGGAGGGCCAGGACAGAACGUGGGGAAGGAAUGUGUCCUGGUCCCGCCCCUGACCCUUGACCUCUGGUGGGAGAUUCCUGGCCAUUUUAAGAGACUUUUGGCCAGGACUUGUCACAGAUCUAAAUCUGUCCUUGGAAUAGGGCCCUGGAGUCGCUAUUCAUAGAAGCUCCCAGAAUAGCUUUGGCACCUGUUGCCCAGUGUUCCAGGGUGGGGAUUGGACCCACAUGGAGAAGAACAUGCUGGGGCCCCUCCCUAGGGCCCUGCCCAGUGCUUUCCCAGGCCUGUCUCCCAGGCACUGCCUGUCAUCAGGCCAGAGUGACUGCUGGAAAGUAGAGUGGAGACAGUGGGAGGGGACCCCUCUGAUGCUGUGUGGCCCCAGAAGGACUGACACCCUCUCUGGGCUCUGCUACUCUUCUCUGUCCCUGAAAGCAGGAGAGGGCUCUUUAAAGGUGGGUGACAGGCUGCUCAGUGUGGAUGGGAUCCCCCUGCACGGGGCCAGCCAUGCCACCGCCCUGGCCACGCUACAGCAGUGCAGCCAAGAGGCCCUUUUCCAAGUGGAGUAUGAUGUCACUACCCCUGACACAGUGGCAAACGCUUCAGGUCCCUUGGUGGUGGAAAUAGCCAAGACGCCGGGAUCUGCCCUGGGGCUCUCGCUUACCACCGGCUCCCACCGGAACAAGCCAGUUAUCACCAUUGACCGUAUCAAGCCAGCCAGCGUGGUGGACAGGAGCGGCGCCCUGCACGCUGGGGACCAUAUCCUGUCCAUCGACGGCACCAGCACGGAGCACUGCUCACUGCUCGAGGCCACCGAGCUCCUAGCCAGCGUAUCGGAGAAAGUGAGGCUGGAGAUCUUGCCCGUGCCCCAAAGUCGGCGGCCCCUGAGGCCCCCAGAGGCAGUACGAGUGCAGAGGAGCGAGCAGUCACACCGCUGGGACCCCUGCGUGCCCUCCUGCCACAGCCCAAGGCCCGGUCACUGCAGGACACCCCCCUGGACUGCCCCGGUGGGCCAGGACCAGAGCCGAUCCUUGUCCUCCACUCCCUUUUCCUCGCCGACCAUGAACCACGACUUUCCCUGCACCAAUGCCAGCACCCUGGCCCGGGGAGCCCAGCCUGCGAGCCCCAGGACCAUGGCGGGGCGGAGGAGGCAGCGGAGGAGGGAGCACAGGAGCUCGUUGUCACUGGCCUCCAGCACAGUGGGGCCAGGUGGACAGAUUGUGCACACGGAGACCACGGAGGUCGUGCUUUGUGGAGAUCCCCUCAGUGGCUUUGGCCUCCAGCUCCAGGGUGGCAUCUUUACCACUGAGACCCUGUCCUCCCCACCCUUGGUGCGUUUCAUCGAGCCUGACAGCCCUGCUGAGAGGUGUGGGCUGCUGCAGGUGGGGGACCGCGUUCUGUCCAUCAAUGGCAUCGCCACAGAAGAUGGGACCAUGGAGGAGGCCAACCAGCUGCUGCGGGAUGCUGCACUGGCCCGCAAAGUCGUGCUGGAGGUGGAGUUCGACGUGGCGGAGUCCGUCGUCCCAAGCAGCGGGACCUUCCACGUGAAGCUGCCCAAGAGGCGCGGUGUGGAGCUGGGCAUCACCAUCAGCUCAGCCAGCAGGACACGAGGGGAGCCCCUGAUCAUCUCCGACAUCAAGAAAGGCAGCGUGGCACACAGGACUGGUACCCUCGAGCCAGGCGACAAACUCUUGGCCAUUGACAACAUCCGCCUGGACCACUGUCCCAUGGAGGACGCUGUGCAGAUCCUGCGUCAGUGCGAGGAUCUGGUGAAGCUGAAGAUCCGGAAGGAUGAGGACAACUCGGAUGAGCAAGAGGGCUUAGGCGCCGUCAGCUACACAGUGGAGCUGAAACGCUAUGGUGGUCCUCUGGGCAUCACCAUCUCGGGCACAGAGGAGCCAUUCGACCCCAUUGUCAUCUCGGGCCUCACCAAGCGUGGCCUGGCUGAGAGGACUGGCGCCAUCCACGUAGGGGACCGUAUCUUGGCUAUCAACGGUGUUAGUCUCAAGGGCCGGCCACUGAGCGAGGCCAUCCACCUGCUGCAGGUGGCAGGCGAGACGGUCACACUGAAGAUCAAGAAGCAGCUGGACUGCCCUCUCCUUCCCCGCAAGUCAGGCAGCCUCAGUGAGGCCAGCGAUGCAGACGAGGACCCGCCAGAGGCUCUCAAAGGGGGCCUGCUGGCGACUCGCUUCUCACCAGCUGUGCCCAGUGUGGACAGUGCCGUGGAGACCUGGAGCAGCUCGGCCACAGAGGGUGGCUUUGGAGGCCCAGGAUCCUACACCCCACAGCGGAGUCUGACUCCCCAGGAGUGGGGGCCCAGCAGGCUAAGGAACAGCCCCCUACCCAUCGAGCCCCGGAGGACCAGCUGCACCCCAGCUCCUGCUGACGACAGCUUCCCCGAGGAGGAAGAGGAGGAGGGGGACUGGGAGCCACCAACAAGCCCAGCCCCCGGCCCUGCCCAAGAGGAGGGCAUCUGGAGAGUGUUCGGAGAGGCCCUGGAAGACCUGGAGUCGUGUGGCCAGUCAGAGCUGCUGAGGGAGCUGGAGGCCUCCAUUAUGACAGGCACUGUGCAGAACAUGGCCCUGGAGGGCAGGCCUGGCCCCCGGCCCUGGAGGAGAGGCCGGGAGGUCCGAGCGUCCCCUGAAGACCUGCAGGAGCUACUGUUGCCAACACCCUUGGAGAUGCACAAGGUGACCCUACACAAGGACCCUGUGCGGAACGACUUUGGCUUUAGCGUGUCAGACGGACUCCUGGAGAAGGGUGUCUACGUGCACACAGUGCGCGCUGAUGGCCCGGCCCAGCGCGGUGGCCUUCGGCCCUUUGACCGGCUCCUGCAGGUCAACCAUGUUCGCACGCGAGACUUUGACUGCUGCCUGGCAGUGCCACUCCUGGCUGAGGCAGGUGACAUCCUGGAGUUGGUCAUCAGCCGCAACCCCCUGGCACAGAGCAACCGGACUUCACAAGGUCCAGGUCCCAACAGUCCCCGGAUGCUCUGAAGUCAGCACACGGUCUGGACAGCAUGUGGCUGGGCUGGAGAAGUGGACACCCACUCGUCUAUCUGUGGUUCUGGAGAUUCCAAGUGAGGAAUGGGCCUUGGUCUCUGCUCCCCUGUUCUGUGGUUACUGGGGUGCCAGGCAAUGAAGUCCCUCCCUCCAUUGGAGUGACAGCUGGUUUUCACCAACUCAAGUGUCCAAGAUGCUCAGAGGAGCCCACUCCAAUGAGGUCGGGACAGGCGGCUCAUCUGAGGAGCGAGGCUGAGGUGUGUGUGGAUGGUGGGUGGGUGGGGUCCUAGGUCCAUUCAGGGCCUCCUUGCAGAGGACAGGAGUUGGGAAAGCCCAGCUCAGUGUGGGGAGCUGGAAUGAGCUUCCAGGGAGGAGGAAUGAGUUCCCUGUCACAGGUGAACGCGCGAGAGCUGGGUCUCCCAGUGAGUUCACAGCCUGAGGCUUGAGGUGAUCGUCUGUGGACCCAGGUGGUCAUUUUCCUAAUGGGAAGAGCCACCUCAUCCAGAGACCCUGCCAGUAGGAAGGACGAGGCCUAGCGAGAGCCAGUGUCUUCCUUGUUCCUAAAUCCUGGCGUUUGGGGCUCUCGGGUUCUGACAGCCAGAUUCCUACCAUCUCCAUUCAGGAGACCCUGGUGGGAGGCAUCUGGGGUCCCAGGAAGCUCUGGCCUCUUCAUUCUGAAACUUGGUGGUUUGAUCCUUUCAGCUUCUGUGACUUGGGUCAGGUGGGGUCCCUAGGCAGCCUCAGUGUCAGACUGAGGGCUGUCAGCCCACCUGCCACAACUCACACCCCUCAGCCCUCCAUGAAGGAGGGGAGCAUUUGGGGUCAAUACACCCAAGGAGGUUCCAUUCGCCUGCCAUUCCCGUGAAUACUGGAAAAACAUGGACAUACGGGUGGAGGUGAGAAAUGGUGCAUUCCUCCCAAGUGCAAAUUGGUGAAGGAAAAAGAGUUGGGAAAGUUCGGUCCCACUUGAAAUCUGGUUGCACCGGCAGCCCUUAACGUCAUUGUCCUGUGUCCACAACAUAGAGAAAGGCCCAGACCUUCACUUGGUAGUCAGGGCUGUGGCCUCUGAGAGGUGGGCAGGGUUCAGCCUGUCUGGGUAUUGGCUUUGCCCCAACCCGGCUCUUCAUAGGGUCUCAAGAAGACAGAGGCCUCCAUUCCCACCUCCACCCUUUUCUACCCCUGGGGCCCAUGGAGGCCAGAAAAACACUCUUCUGCUCAAGGCUGAUGGACAGAGAGGCCCUUCCUCUUCGCCCUGGUUCCCUCGUUGGCUGACCCCUUCCAGAUCACCUCCUAGUCUGGACAAUAAAGGGGACAGUCUAAGCAGGUACAGGUUUCAUGGUCAAGGCCAGGACCAUCUCCACCUGCCCGCUGAGACCCCUUCGGCUCCCUGCCCACUCUCCCUCCACUUCCCCAGCCCUGCCCCUCGAUGGUACCGCCUGGAAGGCCCUGAAUGCCUGCAGCUGGGUUGUCCUGUGCUUCUGCCAUCUUGGAUUUCUGUGUAAACAUCCACACCAGGGUGAAAGAGCAGUGUGCAUUCCUCACAGGGGCACCAAACAAAAGCCAGGAGCCCUCAGCUUUGAAGGCCAGUGGAUGGCACAGCAGAGAUGGCUCCUGACUACCAAUAGCCACAGCUGUGUGACCUUAGGCACGUGACUCUGGGCCUCUGCUAAGUAACAUGGCUGGACUGGACACUCAGGGCCUCUCGGUUUGGGAAAGCGGCAUUCAUUUCCAGGAUGGGAGGACACGAAGCAAGGGAAAACACAUCCAGUCUGACCCUCCUUGGGCUGAGGCCUCUGCCAUUCUCCCAGACAUAUGCAAUCAGGCCUGGCAGCGGGUGGACCUCCUAGCCUGACCAGCUGGCCUCCUCAUAUGCAAUAUUCCCUCUGGCUUCUCACAGGGGUGUUCGGCCCAGACCUGACAUUCCCGAUGCCCUCCCCAGCAAGCCUGCCUGCCUAUGCAUUUUGGGUACCACCCCUGUGACUUGUCUCCCACCCCCAAAGCUGUAUUUUUCUCUGGCUGAAAUUAGAGCAUAUGCCUUGUAAAGUAUUUUUCUACUCCGGGUUCUUAGGGCUCUGGGAAGCACAAAUGCCGUUUGCGGUCUGUUUGGGGCCCAUGUGUAAAUCUUUGACCUGCUGGGGGCUGCAGGGACCUGGGGGGUGCUAUUGGGGUGAAUUUUUAAUAAA